UUGCAUUUCUAUCAUUCUUUUUCUCCUUCAAUUCAAUUGACAUUAAUCCAUUAAUCUUAUAACCAUGGCCCCCGUAAUAAACCUCCCUCUUCACCAAACCCGCAACGGCAAUAAUCUCCUCUCCCCCCGCGAUAACCCCGACUGCCCCAACACCAUCUCAGGCGGCGGCAUCGCGGGCAUUGUCCUCGGCACCAUCGCAGGCACACUACUCAUCCUGUGGCUAUGGCAUCUGUGUUCCCUACCAGGGGCCAGUUCAAGCGGAGGGUCGGAUUACGGCGAGGCGAACUUAGCGACAUCGACAACGCGGAGAAGGCGGCGACGCCAUAGUAGUCCGACAGUUUAUUAUCUUGAGAAGCAUCCGUCUGGGCAUGGUGGUGGGAGCUCCGUGAGGAGGCCGACGAAGGUGUAUCUUUCUUAAUUAUUGGGUGGGUUAUAUGUGGGUGUUUACUAGCUUGGGUCUUGGUAUGGAAUGGAGUGGGAGGCUGUGUCUUGUUUAUGUAGUAUAAUGAUUUAUGAUUAUGGAAUUAUGUGAUCUAUUGAAGUAAUAGUCUUUCUUUGCGGGUUUGUUUGCUUGUUUGUAGUGUGUUCGAAGUGAGUUAGUGUAUAGGAUAGCGAUGCUUGAGAGAUGGAAGAAGU